AUGAAAAAGAAAUCUCGUUAUCAGUUUAGUGAGUACAGCCGACGAUAUACGGAUCACGGCUAUCACCGGAGGCAGCUAUCGAAACGUAAUGAUGGUGUACUAUGGCAAAAUAACGGUAGUGAAUAUCAAGCUACUACUAAUAAAACAGAUUUUGUCCACUUUCCACCCCAACCUAAAUUGCUGCCAGUUAAAAUAAAAAAUGAGCUAGUUGGUCAAAGUGGCGAGAUGGAUUUAUUAACGCAAUAUAAUCAACAAUAUCUGGACUUUAUCAAGACAGGUAGUCGUCCAUCCAAAUUAGUCCGAGCCAAGCAAACUUAUAACUUUCCUGAUAUUGAAGCUUCUAGUCGAUAUCGAGCUACAUAUUCAGAUGAUUUUAAAGGUUGGGCUCUCCAACCUGAGGAACGAUUACGACCCAGGAAAAUUGAAAAUACAUAUAAGCCACCGCAAGAAUCAAUUGAUCUUCAUACAACAUCGCGUGGUGACUUUGUACGACACCAGACGGCACCUGCAGCAACAGCCAAGCCUAACUUGUUAACUAUUCGACCAGAAGAAAAAAUGAACUUUAGGACAACUAAUAAAGAAGAUUUUAUAAAAUAUCCUGUAGAGAUACGCCAAUCGACAGAUAUAUAUAAGCAUGAUAAAGAAUAUCGACCUCCAGAUAAGGUUACAGAUUCUCUAAGCACCAACUAUCAGGUUGGUUAUAAAGAUCAUGGCUACUGUAAAUUACCAAGUUUCAAGAAAAUUCAUAGCCGUAGUAAAACAUUUCCUGUAGGCGACGGAAAGGAAAAAGCUUCAACUACUCAUCUUGAUGAUUUUAAAGCCUGGGAAGGUGAACCUGUUCGCCGUAUCAAUCCAGUCCAAGCUAAGGAUAAAUCAUACAGUCCACCUACAGAAAAAAUGGAUUUAAGUUCGACAAUGCACAAUGAUUUUCGUAAUUUCUCCUCUGAAAUGGAAUCGAAAAAGAUUCGACGACCACGUACUCGGCAAACUCCAUAUCGUGAAAAGCCAUUUACUGCGGCAACAACAUCGAAGGAAGAUUACUGUCAUUUCGAUGUGAAAGAAGCUCAACGCUAUCCAUGCCUACCAGAUCAUCAACGCGAAAGUAUAUUUGGCUAUGGUGAAAUGGAUUUACGCACUGUAUCGAGAGACAAUUAUGUCCGACAUGUUGAUGCCAAACCAUCAAUGUCUGCAAAAAAACCGGCAGUAGUCUUUAAGAGUAAUGAUCCAAUGGAUAUGCGUACCAUGCAUCGUGAAGAUUUUAAGAAAUUUUCCUCAGAUACAUUCCAUUCUUCUCGUGUUGCAUUGCAAAAGUCCAUCCAGGAUCGUGCUAUCCAAUCCGUCUAUAAGGAUAUCAUAGCUCAUGAUCACGGCGAUGAUUAUGAUGAUGACGAUUUUGCACCGAGAACACACCAUAAUUAUGAACAACAAGCAGUAACAGUAACAUAA